GGCAGCAGUAGGGAGCUCCGCCCCAAGGGGAGGGACAGAGAAAUGGAAGUGAAAGUGUUACAGUGUAUCAGUGAGUUGCACAGACACCGGGCAGGGGCCACAGAGCAACAGUGUGUGUGUGUGUGUGUGUGUGUGUGUGUGUGUGGGUAGGGGCAGGAGCUGGGCAGCGUGCCGGGGGUACCCACUGUCACAAUGAGAUAAACUACACAGGGGGCAGCAGGAACCUGCAUGGGAGGGCAAUGUCUCUGCGUGUCAGAUUGCUCAUUGGUCUCCUGUGGCACCUCCUACCUGGUAAGGCUGGGCACAUAGCACAUUCCUAGUUGGACGAGUGGGGGCCAAGGUAGAGAUGCCGUGCCAGUACCCGCCCCCCCGGGCCCCUGUGCCCCAUCUGUAUGUGUAUUGGCAGAUAAGGAUUUCAGAGGGAGAUGUAACGGCUGCCGCAGUGGUUGACGGACGGGUGGAUGAGAAGUUCCAACACGGGGGGUACAGGGGGCGCGCGUGGUUGGACCCCAUAAAGCUGAGUGAGGGAGACUUCACCCUGCACCUCUCUAAUGUCUCUCGGCAGGACGAGGGGACGUAUCUGUGUGUCGUCAUGUCAGGCACCUUUCCUGUAGUUCUACUGCACAACUGCACCGUGCAACUCAGGGUGGUGGCCGAGUUCACCGUGCCGACUGUCACCACCAACAUGACGCACGGGGGGGAGGUCACGCUCGUCUGCAAUUCCUACGGAGGGUCCCACAAGCCGAGGGUCUGGUGGCGGAACUCAGUGGAUGGGUCGCUGCUCGGUUCUGGUCGCCUGAAUACAGAGAAGCACAAGGACUAUGUGAAUGUCACCAGCAUUGUCACCGUGAAUGUCACCCAGUCCCUCAACAUCACCUGCACCGUGGAGAACCCUCAGGGAAAUGUCACCUCCCUGCCAUACUUUCUAGAUAUCCCACCUCUUAAUGAGUAUUAUGCUGAGGGGCGGAGUCACGUUUCAGAAGCUGUGAUUGGUGCCACCUUACCUCUGCUCGUAUUGGCCCUUUUGGCUGUCGGACUGUGCCUGGCCAGGAAGCCGCUCUGUGUUUGGCGAGCAGGACCCAAGGGUAACAAGGAGGGCACGGAGCUGCCAUUGCAAGGAAGGUACCCUGAGGAGAUAUAGAACUUUGGGACAAACGAAAUGAUUUGCCCCCUGUGGCAGUGCCCGUCCCCCAUAUAUCCCAGGCUCCCUGGGGAGGUGACGCCCUCUCAUUGGUGGGAAGGUACAGUGGCCCCUCGGAAUGAUUCUGUGGCCUCAGCAUUAAACCAGUUGCCCUCUAGGUCUUUGUUGGAGGGGCUCUAGGGGGUCACAACCUCGAUUCCAUUGCAGAACUUCCCAUAUGGAGAUCAACGACCUUCAUGAUUAAAUAAGAUCUGGGUGAGGAAGAUUAUACUAAUACCCCAUUGGUUAUUGGAAUGUGCCACACAGGGCGGAUAUUGGAAUGUACCACACAGGGCAGUUAUUGGAAUGUACCACACAGGGCAGUUAUUGGAAUGUACCACACUGAUCCAACCGCUACAGCCAAGAUACAACGCACCGGGUGACCGGAGAGAAGACAAGGGGGUGUGCCAGGAGCUUGGCAAAGACUAACUGCCCAUAAGACCGUCCAUACUAAUACCAUACUGGUCUCCAUGCAAUCCUAUGGCACUGACUGAUGGGUAAAAUGGCAGACUGGACUGCAUGCACUCCAACAGCACUAAGUAAUGGGUAGUUUGGCAGACUGGUCUCCAUUGGAUUACCAUGGAAUUGCCCGAUGGGUAAAAUGGCACUCCAACAGCAUUAAGUAUUGGCUACAUGGGCAGACUGGUCUCCAGUUGGUUGCCAUGGAACUGACUGAUGGGUAGAUUGGCAGACUGGUCUCCAGUUGUUCACCAUGGAAUUAACUGAUGGGUAGAUUGGCAGACUGGUCUCCAUUGGAUUACCAUGGAAUUCCCUGAUGGGAAGAUUGGCAGACUGGUCUCCAGUUGGUCACCAUGGAAUUAACUGAUGGGAAGAUUGGCAGACUGGUCUCCAGUUGGUCACCAUGGAACUGACUGAUGGGUAGAUUGGCAGACUAGUCUCCAGUUGUUCACCAUGGAAUUAUCUGAUGGGUAGAUUGGCAGACUGGUCUCCAGUUGUUCACCAUGGAAUUAUCUGAUGGGUAGAUUGGCAGACUGGUCUCCAGUUGGUCACCAUGGAAUUAACUGAUGGGAAGAUUGGCAGACUGGUCUCCAGUUGGUCACCAUGGAAUUAACUGAUGGGAAGAUUGGCAGACUGGUCUCCAGUUGGUCACCAUGGAAUUAACUGAUGGGAAGAUUGGCAGACUGGUCUCCAGUUGGUCACCAUGGAAUUAACUGAUGGGAAGAUUGGCAGACUGGUCUCCAGUUGGUCACCAUGGAACUGACUGAUGGGUAGAUUGGCAGACUAGUCUCCAGUUGUUCACCAUGGAAUUAUCUGAUGGGUAGAUUGGCAGACUGGUCUCCAGUUGUUCACCAUGGAAUUAUCUGAUGGGUAGAUUGGCAGACUGGUCUCCAGUUGGUCACCAUGGAAUUAACUGAUGGGAAGAUUGGCAGACUGGUCUCCAGUUGGUCACCAUGGAAUUAACUGAUGGGAAGAUUGGCAGACUGGUCUCCAGUUGGUCACCAUGGAAUUAACUGAUGGGAAGAUUGGCAGACUGGUCUCCAGUUGGUCACCAUGGAAUUAACUGAUGGGAAGAUUGGCAGACUGGUCUCCAGUUGGUCACCAUGGAAUUAACUGAUGGGAAGAUUGGCAGACUGGUCUCCAGUUGGUCACCAUGGAAUUAACUGAUGGGAAGAUUGGCAGACUGGUCUCCAGUUGGUCACCAUGGAAUUAACUGAUGGGAAGAUUGGCAGACUGGUCUCCAGUUGGUCACCAUGGAAUUAACUGAUGGGAAGAUUGGCAGACUGGUCUCCAGUUGGUCACCAUGGAAUUAACUGAUGGGAAGAUUGGCAGACUGGUCUCCAGUUGGUCACCAUGGAACUGACUGAUGGGUAGAUUGGCAGACUGGUCUCCAGUUGGUCACCAUGGAACUGACUGAUGGGUAGAUUGGCAGACUGGUCUCCAGUUGGUCACCAUGGAAUUAACUGAUGGGAAGAUUGGCAGACUGGUCUCCAGUUGGUCACCAUGGAACUGACUGAUGGGUAGAUUGGCAGACUGGUCUCCAGUUGGUCACCAUGGAACCGACUGAUGGGUAGAUUGGCAGACUGGUCUCCAGUUGGUCACCAUGGAAUUAACUGAUGGGAAGAUUGGCAGACUGGUCUGGAUGAACUGUAUUAAACAGUGCCAAAAGGGUUAAGGGUUCAGUACUGGGCUUGCAACAUACUGUACCCCCUGUGCAUUAUGGGUACUAGUGUUGGCGGAAUUGCCAGUAACAGACUGUAUAGCUGGGAGUAGUUAUCUACACAUGUUCAACCCCAGAAAGUCCCCACACACUGGAAUAAAGGGCAAGUGCUCCCUCGGUCACUGAUCGCAGAUACCCCCCCCCCCCUUGGGGCACCGAGGGCACUGAUGGAAUUUAGUACCAAUAUUAAAGUGUUAUCUUUACUGUG